CAUUCCAAUCAGACCCAUGUAAUCUGCCAGUGUAACCAUCUGACAAGCUUUGCUGUUUUAAUGGCUCCAGUUCAGACUGAGAUUGACGACAGGCACUUGGAGGUGAUCACCUACAUCGGCCUCAUCAUCUCCCUGCUCUGCCUCGCUGCCUCCAUCGCCGUAUUUGUCAACUGCAAAUCCAUCGAGAAUGCUAACACCAGUCUCCACAAGCACCUAAGUAUCACCCUCUUCCUGGCACAGUUCAUCUUUCUGAUUGGAAUGUGGAUUAAACAGCCGGUUGUGUGCGCCCUGGUUGCCGGGUGUCUGCAUUACCUCUUCCUUGUCGUCUUCGUCUGGAUGUUCCUGGACAGUUUGCAGCUUUUCGUCAUGUCCAGUCACCUGACAGUCACCAAUUACACUCGCACACAUAUCAUCAAACCAAGAUACCUGUACGUUUCUGCUUAUGCUGUUCCUGCUGUGAUCGUCAUUAUCUCAGCGGCAGUAAACCCUGGAGGCUAUGGAACAGAGACUGCCUGUUGGCUGAAGCACAAGUUGGGGUUUAACUGGAGUUUCCAGGGCCCGGUCUGUUUCAUGAUUCUGGUCAAUACAGUCCUUUUAUUUUCGACUGUCUACUUACUGAGACGCCAUUUCAACUCACGUAACAAGGAGGUGUCGAAGCUUAAGGAAACCAAAACCCUAACCAUUAAGGCUGCAGCACGGAUGUUUGUUUUGGGAACCACAUGGAUCUUUGGAAUAUUUCACGUUGAUCAGAGCACUGCAGUGUUCUCCCACUUAUUCACGGUCAUCAACAGUCUCCAGGGACUGUUCGUUUUCCUUAUUUACUGCGUUUUUGAUCGCAGGGUGGUUGAUGAAUUAUGGAAAUGGUUGAUCAGUAAACGGAAGAGCAUCCCCAAUAUGUCCACAGAGGUGGAGAUGAGCGUUACUGAGGCUUAUAAAGUAAGACAACCAGACUCAUUCAUGACCCAAUGACAUGAUUCUUCUCAGCGGAGUUUCUCUCUUUCAUUCUCUUUCGCUCUUGCUGUGCGUCUGGCUCUGAAGAUUGUGAAUUCAAGACCUACUGCCAAGAAUGGAAAGCUACUUUGCGGGAGUGGAAUCACCAGCAGAAUUAUUUGGCUUGUACUGAGCUUGUAAAAAGACAGAAUCUAACUGGUAUUCUAGAAGUGUGUGCAUAUGGAAGUGAGUCUGUAU